GACAUUUAGCUGGGUGGUAGUAUUGACAUUUCUUUCUGAAAUAUGAAAUAGGCUUACAGCAAAAAUGCGAGGAAAAGUCGGACCAAACACAGCCUCACUGAGGGACACACGGGGAAAUGUUCAUAACAACACUAAAGCCAGAGAAAAUAAUAACUCAAAGGUUAUAAAACCAAUUCUGAAACCUACUAAAACCCCGACUGGGAAGGGCCUCGGAAAAGCAGGAGCCAAACGUUUGGGCCGACUUCUGAAGAGAGCCAUCCAGGUCCAGGAGGAAGAGUCCGCAGUGAAGGGAAAAGCAGCUCUGCCGAAGACUCCUGUUCGCCUUUUUAAGUAUCAGGUUCAAAAAGAGACUGAAAAUGCACCCAACACAAAGCCUGCAAAGCCAGCAUCGUCUCACAUCUCCCAGCUCAUCCUUAGUGUGGUUUGCCAAUGCAAACACCGAGGUGGCAUCUCCAUGGCAGAGCUCAAGCACACACUGGCUGCAGGAGGGUACGAUGUCACCAAAAACAACAAGAAGGUCAAUGUGGUGACUAAAAGGCUGGUAAACAACGACAAAAUUGUGCGAACUACAAGGAAUGCAUCAUUCAGACUCAACAGCAAGACUGACACAAAGCAAGCAAGGACAGGUGGUGCGAUACCUAUGAAAACAAAAGGAGAUCUGAAGCAGAACAAAAGUGCCAGCAAAUCCCCCAAAGGAAAAAAAAAGUCACAGAGACCAGCCAGGAGGACUACCAAACAUAAAGGCAAAUCCAACAAACCAAAAGGCAAGGCUCAGAAAGCAGCAGCCAGACCACACAAACCAAAAGGCAAGACUCGUAAGCCAGCGGCCAAAUCCCACAAACCAAGAAGAAAGACCCUCAAAGCAAGAGGAAAAACUGCAAAACCAGCAGGGAAGAAACGCGGAUCUGCGACAAGCCGAGCAGCACAGGUUCGAAAGACUCCAAGGAAGACAACAAGGACUCGAAGACGUCGACCAAAGCAAAAUCGUCUUCCUUAUAAAUCUUCACGGAUAAAGAAACCACGAACAAGACAAAGGCUCACUAAAACCCGGUUAAGAAAAGCACCGAAACGUCGGGUUGCCGUAAGAAGAACUUACUACUACUAG